AUGCCGUACAAAAGAGUCAAAUCACCAGCAAAAUCGUUAACAGCAUCAACGGCAAGUCAAGAUGAGAGAGAUGCGAAACGAUGGCUCAUCAUUGGCGCAUAUCAAGCAGGAGCAAAUGAAAGACAAAUUGCACGCAUGUGUAAAAUCAAUCAACCAAGCGUUCGUCGUACUAUCCUCAAUUUCAAAAAGACAGGAUCACCUACUUUACCCAGAGGCCUAACACCAAAAGAAAAAUCCAAACCUUUUCUAGAAUAUGAUGGAGAGGGAAAUUUGAUUGAUAGCGACGAUGAGGAGAGCACUGAUAUUGCUUCUACAUCCUUACCAACUGACUCUCCUUUGAAGGCAAAGAUCAGAGCCAGAAGACCUUCAGCCAAGGAUUUAAUAGCCUACGUUUUGAGUAAAGCACAACAGCCAGAGAAGAGUGUAUUCGUGAAACAUGAGGAGCAAGAAAAGUGGAGACCUCCUACACCACCACGUGAUUCGAACUGCAAUGAUAAACAAAUAAAAGCAACUAACGAUACCAGAUCAAUACUGUCUCCACCUGUCAGCGAACCAUCCAUCUCACCAAAACAAGAACAUGAAUUCAUUCGGGGUUAUGAAACAUGGACAAUGGAUGACGACAAGAUACUCAUGGCUCAUGUAUUGACAAGAUUAAGCGGAUGUCGAUGGAAAGAAGCUGAAGCAAAAUUGCGUGGUAAACACAGUGCAGAUGUAUGCGAAAAGAGAUGGGAAGUUUUACGAAGUUUAUUGAUCCGUGGCGCAAACAAGUCUGGAACUCAAGGAUGGUAG